AUGGUGGGAGGAGGAAGUGCGCAGAAGCUGACUACUAAUGAUGCACUUGCGUAUCUCAAAGCUGUUAAGGAUAAAUUUCAAGAUAAACGCGAGAAGUAUGAUGAGUUUCUUGAGGUCAUGAAGGAUUUUAAAGCUCAGAGAGUUGAUACUAGUGGUGUUAUAUUGAGGGUGAAAGAGCUAUUCAAAGGGAACAGAGAGCUGAUUUUGGGUUUCAAUACUUUCUUACCAAAGGGUUUUGAGAUAACACUCUUACCUGAAGAAGAUGACCAGCCUCUCCCUAAGAAACCUGUUGAGUUUGAGGAAGCUAUUAGUUUUGUUAACAAGAUUAAGACAAGGUUUCAAGGUGAUGACCGUGUAUAUAAAUCGUUUUUAGACAUUCUGAACAUGUAUAGAAAGGAGAACAAGUCCAUUUCUGAGGUCUACCAGGAGGUGGCUAUCCUUUUCCGGGACCAUCAUGAUUUGCUUGUGGAGUUCACUCACUUUCUCCCUGAUACUUCAGGAUCUGCCUCUACUAAUGAUAUUGUGAAAAUGUCAGUACGUGACCGAGGAGGCAUUAAAUCUCUUCCCACCAUGCGAGACUCUGAUAAGAAGGAUCAUAUCAUUGCUUUGAAUACUGACCGUGACCUCAAAACUGAACGUAUGGACCCAGACCACGAGAGAUCUUCGUUGAAAGAAAGUAAAGAAGACGUUAGACGCAUUGACAAAAAGAAUGAUUACAUGGAUAAAAAAAAACUGACACUAAAGGAUGACGAUUCUCCUGGAACCUCAAAUCAGGCUAGAGAAGGAGACAAGUUAUGUGGAGCCAUUGCCAUUUCAUCUACUAAAGAUGAUAAAGGCCAUGUCCAAGAACUUGCUUUUGUUGAUCGAGUGAAGGCAAAGCUUAGUUACUCUGAGUACCAAGAGUUCUUACGAUGUCUUAAUCUCUUUUCAAAGGAAAUAAUCAGCCAACCAGAGUUGCAGUCUUUGGUGGGCAAUUUACUUGGAGUAUAUCCAGAUCUCAUGGAAGCCUUCAGAGUCUUUCUUGUUCAGUGUGAAAAGAAUGAAUCCUUGUGGAGUGAUGGCAAAUGUCCUCAGCCUACUAAGUCACAGGACAAAGAUACAGAGAGAGAACGUGAGAAGACUGAAAGGUUAAGAGAAAGAGACCGUGAGAAGGAGAGGCUUGAAAAGGCGGCAGCGAGCCAGAAAUGGGCUAAACCUAUCAGCGAACUAGAUCUCUCCAACUGUGAACAAUGCACUCCUAGUUAUCGUUUACUUCCAAAGGAUUAUCCAAUUCCUAUUGCAAGCCAGAAAAUGGAGAUUGGUAGCCAGGUGCUUAAUGAUCAUUGGGUCUCUGUCACUUCAGGAAGUGAAGAUUAUUCGUUUACACACAUGCGCAAGAACCAGUACGAAGAGAGCCUCUUCCGUUGUGAAGAUGACAGGUUAGUGAUUAGCUUAUUUAUGAAAAUUUUUGGAUUUGUUGAAUAUUUUUGUUUUUGUUGUUGUGAUUUUAGGUUCGAGCUAGACAUGCUAUUAGAGUCUGUGAACUCAGCCACGAACCGAGUGGAAGAUUUAUUGGCAAAGAUUAACAGUAAUGAAUUGAAAACCGAUACUCCUAUAAAUAUUGAGGAUCACCUCACAGCGCUAAACAUAAGGUGCAUAGAACGUCUAUACGGUGACCACGGGCUAGAUGUGAUUGAUUUGUUAAAGAAGAAUACUUAUCUUGCUUUACCCGUAAUACUGACACGUUUGAAACAGAAGCAAGAAGAAUGGGCAAGGUGUCGUUCUGAGUUUAACAAAGUAUGGGCAGAUAUAUACACCAAGAACUACCACAGAUCACUUGAUCAUCGCAGUUUCUAUUUCAAACAGCAGGAUUCAAAGAAUCUUACCACAAAAGCGUUGCUGGCAGAGAUAAAAGAGAUCUCUGAGAAGAAGCGAGCAGAGGAUGAUGCGCUUCUUGCUCUUGCUGCUGGAAAUAGACGAACUCUUUGCUCCAACAUGAGUUUUGAUUAUCCAGAUCCUGAUCUUCACGAGGAUCUUUAUCAGCUGAUCAAGUAUUCUUGUGGAGAAAUGUGUUCGACGGAACAGUUAGAUAAAGUAAUGAAGGUAUGGACAGAGUUUUUGGAACCGAUGUUUGAUGUUCCUUCUCACCCUCAAGGUGCUGAAGACCGAGAAGAUGCUGUGAAGACUACUACGAACCAGAAUUUAAAAAGUGGUGAUGCAAGCGAGGGUAGUCCUCAAAAUGGAGCUACUGGUGCCAGCUCUGUUCGGUCAAAUGGCCCUCGAAAAGCCGGUGAAAGUUUUCAGUUGCGGCAAGCUACUGGUUCGGAUAGAGAUGUCAUCACUUCCAGUAAGUCCUCAGAUGACAACACUCAGAAUGAUAAAAUGCCAAAGAGUCAAACCACACCUGACGAAAGGCCCGAAACCAAACAAGCUGUUAGUAUUGAACUUGUGCAUAGCUCAAAUUCACCACCUGUAGACGGAUUGAUGCCUCAAAGAAAUGGAAAAACCAGCGUCUUAUCCAUUGUUGGGGUUAGCAGUAGUAAUCCAAAACCUGGUGGUUUAACUAGUGGAACAGAGAUGGAUUUGAUGCUGAAUCACGUAAAUGGGCCACGCAUAGAGGUAUCUCCUAAUGGGACAGUGGCGGAAACAUCAAAUAAUCAAAGAUUCAAGGAAGUGUUUGCUUCUCAAACCAAAGUUGAAAGAGAGGAAGGUGAGCUUUCUCCAGCAGGAGAUUUUGAAGAAGAUAACUUUGCAGAGAAUGACUUGGAAACUCUCAGCAAUGGUAAAGAUGGAGCUGGAAAUAACUUAAACCAGAGAAGUGACAGAGAGAAUGAUGCUAAUGCGAAUGAUGAAUGUGAUGAAAGUGCACCAAGAUCAUCAGAGGGCAGCGGAAAUACAUCUCAACAUGGUGACGUUUCCGGAACUGAGUCUGGUGAUGGUGAAGAUUGCUACCCUGAAGAAGAUAUGGAACAUAAUAACAAGGCAGAAAGUGAAGGUGAGGCUGAAGAAGAAGGUAUGUCUGAUGCUGAAGGAGAUAGGCCUGUGUUACCCAUUUCAGCGCGAAACAUGUUACAUGUGAAGCCUCUGUCAAAGUAUGUUCCUCCAGCUUUAUGCGAUAAGGACAAAGAUGAUUCUCUGAAAAAGAACUCACGAGUCUUUUAUGGGAAUGACUCUUAUUACGUUCUUUUCAGGCUUCAUCAGAUUCUGUAUGACAGAAUAUUAUCAGCAAAAACCAAUUCGUCCUCUCCUGAAAGAAAGUGGAAGACCUCAAAUUCAACAAACCCUACAGAUUCCUAUGCCAGAUUCAUGAAUGCUCUCUACAACUUGCUUGAUGGCACGUCUGAUAAUUCCAAGUUUGAAGAUGAUUGCAGAGCAAUAAUUGGGACACAGUCAUAUGUUCUCUUCACAUUAGACAAACUAAUCUACAAGCUCAUCAAGCAUAUCCAAGUAGUAGCAGCUGAUGAGAUGGACAGCAAACUACAACAGCUGUAUUCAUAUGAGAAAUCUAGAAAGCCUGAAAAGUAUCUGGAUGCUGUUUAUUAUGAAAAUGCUCGUGUUCUUCUUCCUGAUGAAGAUAUAUACCGCAUUGAAUGUAAACUUUCAGCACCAACCAAACUAUCUAUUCAGCUUAUGGAGCAUGGACAUGAUAAUAAGCCUGAUGUGAUAUCCAUAUCCAUGGACCCAGCUUUUGCAGCUUACCUACAAAACAAGUUCCUUUCCUGUCAAACUAAUGUGAAAGAGAAGCCUCGAAUCUAUCUAAACCGGAAUAAGCGUAAAAAUGGUGAUGACGAUGAACUUUGCAGCACGGAUGGAGUUAAAAUUGUUAACGGUUUGGAGUGUAAGAUAACAUGCAGUUCUUCAAAGGUCUCAUAUGUAUUUGACACAGAGGAUGUAUUGUAUCGUGCUAAGCGGAGGAAAGUUUUGAACCAAAGCAGUGGUUCUUUAAGUAGUCAAAGGAGGAUACAAAGAUACCAAAAACUUCUCACCAGCCAAUGA